UGGCGGCGGCAGUUAACUAUAAUGCUGUUUCACCAAGCCGAAGGUCAGAGCUGGACAUAACGCACGGGAUUUAGGAGGAAACCAAACACCAUUGAGGGAAGUGAAUAAUGCCCAAAGAUUUCCAGUGGAGCCACUGCUGCAGAAAUGCCCUGAGGCCCGGUCUGGACUGAAGCCAAGGUGAUAUGCAUUGAGGAUGAGUGCUGUCGGGGAAAACUCGUCUGACCCUGCCAGGUCAGAGGCUCAGAAGCGCAAGGAAGGCCCAUCAGACCUCCUGGGUCCAAGUCCCAAACGAAGUACAGAAAAACGUAACCGGGAACAUGAAAAUAAGUACAUUGAGGAGCUCGCCGAGCUGAUUUUCGCAAACUUCAAUGACAUUGACAACUUCAACGUCAAGCCUGACAAAUGUGCAAUCCUAAAGGAAACCGUGAAACAGAUUCGGCAAAUUAAAGAGCAAGGUAAGAAA